AUGACGUCGACGGCGGUCGUACGUGUCCGUGUGACUCGUCCGCUCCGCCCCGAAGGCUUGGACAACCAUUGUGACGGUCCCGAAAUUCUUGUACUCACGGACGAUCUGUUUGACGACGUCGUGGCUCCGCCCAAGUGCUCUGGCAACUCGUUGAGAUACGUCGUUGGCUCCUUCGCUUACGAAGUAUGCGUGGAGUCGCAGUACAUCAAGACGUUCCUCUCGUGUAAGACAACGAUGUCGAGCACCCUUUACAAACACCACCACAACAGCUCCCAGCAGCACCACGGUGGCUCCUGGUACCACGACCAGUACGCCUGUUACCUCGACUGCUAUUCCUGCGACUACCACAGAUGCACCAAGAACCUCUACCAAUUCACCUGCUACGACGACGGUUCCUGUGACUACACUGUCGUCGCGCGCACGAAAAUCGGUCAGCGCAAGAAAUGGUCUUUUUCGGUCACCGGAAAGGUCAAAUCGAGUAUUUCUACCUCCAUGUCAUAG